AUGUAUAACGAAGGCUUCGCCGAAGAAGAAGUUGACCUCUCUGACGAGGUUGAUUUGCUGACCCCUAGUUUUCCUGUAGUUGAGGAAGAUUUGGACGAUGAUGGCAAAUCAGCUUCAAAUGAUGCUUCAGCAACAUUACAUGGAGUAUAUGAAAAUUCAUUCAACCGCUUAACAGAAAAAUUUUACAUGAAAACGCCCUGGCCUGAAGCAGAUUUUAUUGCCCCAUUGGUUAACGAUGGUACAAAUUCAUUCGACUCUGAUGGUCCAGUUGGUUUGGAACUUCCAAAUCAAUGGCUUUGGGAUAUUAUUGAUGAAUUCAUUUAUCAGUUUCAAUCAUUCUGCAAUUAUCGUAAUCGACUUAAAAAUAAGACUGAGGAAGAAAUUGUCUUGUUGCGGGAUAAUAUUCAGGUGUGGAGUUGCUACAGUGUGUUGAAUGUCUUAUAUUCUCUCAUUACAAAAUCUCGGAUCACUGAACAAUUGCUUGUUAGCAAACAUGGGGGUGACAUGAUUGAAGCUGCGGGUGAAUAUGGAUCGCGUCCUUUAUAUAAGAUGCUAGGUUAUUUUAGUAUUAUCGGUCUCCUGCGUGUUCAUUGUUUAUUAGGAGACUAUACUUUAGCGCUUAAAAUGAUGGAUAAUAUUGAAUUAAAUAAAAAAGCACUUUUCGCCCGUGUGACCGCUUGUCAUGUCACCACAUAUUACUAUGUUGGUUUUGCGUAUAUGAUGAUGCGACGAUAUGCUGAUGCUAUAAAAGCAUUUUCACAUAUUCUUGUAUUCAUUGCAAGAACAAAAAUGUAUCAUACUCGGUCUUACCAAUUUGAUCAGAUUAAUAAAAAGGGUGAUCAGAUGUAUGCAUUAUUGGCCAUUUGUAUUGCACUUUGUCCAACUCGAUUAGAUGAAAAUAUACAUGCACACAUGAGAGAAAAAUAUGGCGAACAAUUGAGCAAAAUGCAACGCGGCGAAGAAGGGCUUCAAACGUUUGAAGAUUUGUUUUUGUAUGCAUGCCCGAAAUUUAUUUCACCGAUUGGACCGAACUUUGAAGAUCUUAAUUCCUUGACUCAAGCAAUUGAACCUCAUCAUCAUCAUGCAAAAAUCUUUCUUGCUGAAGUCCGUCAUCAAAUACUAAUUCCAACACUAAGAUCAUAUCUGAAGUUAUAUACGACCAUGGGAAUUGACAAGUUGGCAGCUUUCCUUGAAAUAGAACCUGAUAAGUUAAGAACCCAGUUACUUAUAGUCAAGCAAAAAUCACGCCAGCAAAAAUGGAUCAGUGGUACAUUACUUGAGGGAGAAUAUGUUGCAACUUCUGACCUUGACUUUUGCUUGAAGCAGGAUAUGAUUCAUAUUGCCGAAUCUAAAGUUGGACGUCGUUAUGGAGAUUGGUUUUUGCGUAAUAUAAAUAAAUUCCAAGAUAUUAUUGCGGGAAUGGAGCUUCGUGCCUGA